AUGUUGCUUGUGGGCAAACCAUCUUUGAGAUUUCCUCUCGGCCUUUUCUCCUUCUCUACGUAUGACUUAGAAAGCUCUGCAUUACUGGACAAAAAGGAACCACGAAUCACGACCCCUAAUGACUCGAAUGAUAUUGUCAUCAGCGACCGUUUUGAAACCAUUAGGGACGAUUACAAAGCACCCAGAUACCCGCUUGUGUUGUGUCAUGGAUUAUCUGGAUUUGACAAGGUAGUGCUGCUUCCUUCGCUGAAAUUCUUGAGUGCUGCCGGCACAAGAAGACCUGAGUUGAGUGGCUUCUCAAUCGACUAUUGGAAUGGGAUUAAAGAAGCCUUGCAGGACAUCGGCUGUACAGUAUUAACCGGUAAGGUUCCACCCUUUGGGACCAUAAGAGAAAGGGCAGAAAAGUUAGAUAGCUUCAUAGAAGAAGAAGCCGCAUCUCUUUUAAAAGCUACUCACCCAGGAGCUGAUUCUAAACCUAUCAAGGUUAACCUUAUUGCUCAUUCUAUGGGGGGGCUAGACUGUAGAUAUUUGAUAACUAAGUUACAGCAAAGCAACUAUGAGGUAAUGAGCCUGACUACCAUAGCCACACCCCACUACGGGUCUGCAAUGGCUGACUGGUGCCUAAAAUAUGCCUCCAAGGCCCUAUUACCUAGAUCCAUAAGUGAGCUUUCCAUCAAUAGCAUGAAAACUUUCAAUCAGGAAGUUCUGGACAAAAACAAUGUAAAAUAUUUCAGCUAUGGAGCAAGGUUUUGUCCGAACUUAUCCUACGUUUUUUUUCCGUCUUGGAAGAUAAUUUUCGAUAUUGAAGGCGACAAUGAUGGAAUGGUUAGUGUUAGUUCAUCGAAGUGGGGAAAAUAUUUAGGAACAUUAGACAACGUCGACCAUUUGGAUUUGAUCAACUGGAGGAACGAAGCAAGGGUUGCGAUCAACUUACUCAUGUUCAAAAAAGGUUCGAAAUUCAAUGCCGUUGCUCUUUAUUUGGAAAUUGCUGAUCAGCUAGCACGAGAAGGCCUAUAA